GACAGCGGAGGAAACUCCACAAUGUGAGGGACUGGUCAGUUUUGUCAUUUCAGCCUUGCCCUGUGAGGAGGAAGGUCAACCAAGUCCCAGCGAAAAUGAUAAGUACACCUGCGUUUUUCAAAUGAAUAUUGCUCUCGGGGCGACACCAACCCAGGAACCUCCCCAAAAGAGGCAGAAGCAUUUGACGCAUUCCAGAAACGGGCUCCACGGGCCUUAUGGGAAAUGUAGUCUCCGAUGAAAGGCCUGCACCGCGGGGGAGCCUGGGAACUCUAGUUCUACUUUCACAGAUCUCCAUGCAAGAGUUGCAGAAAUGAUCAACUUCCAGGGAUCAGUGACAUUCCAGGAUGUGGCUGUGGACUUCACCCCAGAGGAGUGGCUGCUGCUUGACUGUGAUCAGAGAACCUUGUAUUGGGAUGUGAUGUUGGAGAACUUUAGAAACCUCAUCUCAGUGGGGGGUCCAGUUACCAAAACAAAAGUGAUCUUCAAGGUGCAGCAAGGACAAGAACCACGCAUGGUGGAGGGAGAGAACCCACAUUGGAGCCAUGCAGAAGCUGAGUACCCACUUGUCGAUGAAUCAGAGAAGCACCAGGAAAGCAAAGACAAUUUUUUGAAUUCAGUUUUGUUCACGUUCGAUAAAAUGCUGACUGUGGAGAGACUCCAUGGUUAUAAUAGGAGCACAAGUUUUAAUCCUACAAGAAAACAAUCAUAUAAAUGCAAAUCAUAUGAGAAGAGCUUGCAACCUACUUUAGACAUACUUAAUUAUAAUAGAUGCUAUACUGGAGAAAACCCUUAUGAAUGCAAGCAAUGUGGGAAAGCCUUCAAAAAAAAAUUUCAUUUCAUUAGACAUGAAAAAAAUCAUACAAGAAAAAAACCCUUUGAAUGCAAUGACUGUGGGAAAGCCUAUAGCAGGAAGGCACACCUUGCCACUCAUCAGAAAAUUCAUAAUGGAGAGAGACCUUUUGUGUGCGAUGAUUGUGGGAAAGCUUUUAUGCAUAAAGCACAGCUUGUGGUCCACCAGAGACUUCAUACUGGAGAGAAACCUUAUGAAUGCCAUCAGUGCGGGAAAUCAUUCACUUGGAAUUCCUCCUUUACUCAGCAUGUGAAAUCUCAUACACUGGAGAACUCAUUUGAAUGUAAGGAAUGUGGGAAAACCUUCAGGUACAGUUCAUCCCUUUAUAAACAUUCUAGAUUUCAUACCGGAGAGAAACCCUACCGAUGCAUCGUCUGUGGCAAAGCCUUUGGCAACACAUCUGUGCUUGUUACCCAUCAAAGAAUCCAUACAGGAGAGAAACCUUACGGAUGUAUCGAGUGUGGCAAAGCCUUCAUCAAGAAGUCUCAUCUUCUCAGACAUCAGAUAACUCAUACAGGAGAAAAGCCCUAUGAAUGUAACAUAUGUGGGAAAGCAUUUUCGCAGAAGUCAAAUCUUAUUGUACAUCAGAAAAUUCAUACAUAAUAUUCAUUUGAUGAAUAUGAGAAAGUCUUAAGUAUUAAAUCAAUCCUACUAAAGAGCAGAGAAUUCAUGAUGAGGUGAAAUCCACACAUUGGAAUGAAUUUGGAAGAGUGGAUUCCCAUAAAAAGGUAUUCAAUGCCAGUCAUGUUCUGGAAUUGAUAAUAAAGUUUCUGUAGAAAAGAUCACAGAAAACUUGAAUUAUACAUAGUAGAGCAUAGAGCUUGGAAAAAAAGCGUAAAUUAAAUAGGGAAUGAGUGAAAACUACAUUUAUCAUCCCUGACUUUUUAUUUUUAUAACAAGUUAUACAAUUAUGCAAGUGUGAGUAUAAAAUGUUUAUACAUUAUAUUAAAUUAUAUAUAUAUAUAUAUAUAUUAAGUUUCUGCAGUCAAUGUCACCAUUUUUUUUCUUCUAAUCCUAACAAUACCAUGCAAGUGAAAAAAGAAUUUAAUAAGUAGUAUGAAUUUCAGUAAUGUUUUCAUCCAUUUGCUUGCACUUUUAAAGGGCAUGGCAGUGUUACUGGAUCUCAGAGUCUCCUCUUUAAUUAUAAAACUUGAAAUAAAGAUAUUUUCCUAUGUAUGUAAACACCAAAACAAAAAAAAUCAAGAUACCAAUUGAGAGGGAAAAAGCAAUUGUAUUCUGAUUACAAUAAGUAUUCAGUUGGGGAAAAGAAGUAUUUAAAUAAGUAUGUAAAUAAAACAUUUGCACUCAAAUAUUCUUGUUCUUUUUCAUUGGU